AUGGACGCCUGGCUCAGCCUUUGUGGCUCAAUGGUGGAGCGUUGGAGCGCGGAAUUUGAAGGCUUCAGGCUCGAUCUCACUAGAGCUUGUAUCAGAGUGGCAAGGUUUUGUUUCUUAGGUGGUUCAGUUCGCACUCUGUUAUUGAAUGCAGACUGUAUAUUAAUUCUCCCAUUCAUCGAGAUUUUAAACAGCCUCUCUUUCUCAAGUUAGCUCAAGGGGCAGCGAGAGAAUUAUUCGGCGCCGCGCGAACAAUGCGUGCUCCACAUGUUAUCUAUAGGAGAAUUUUAAGACGUAUAGUUUCCGAAAAAAAAGGCUUUCUCCGUGGAUCUGAGGACGGAUUUUCUGUAGGAAAUGUGCCUAUCUAAUUCAAAGAUUUUGGAGAUAAAUGUUCCGGCCAUUGUGCAUUUUUCAUUUUUUUUCAUCAGUGAGGUCUCUAUCAAAACUGAAAAUUUACUUGAAUUGGUCCCAAGCCUCCUAUUACUCACCUGAUAUGCGCAGUGCAAUUAAAUAUGCAAAGAGCGCCAAUGUUAAAAAUGGCAGUCAAUAGGCUGAUUUAGCAACAGAACGGGAACGUCAGUCGACGACGGCGCGCGCAAAUCAAACAACUGGCUUGACCAAUGGCAGAGCGGCAAAUUUAGCACCGGAAGUCGUGUUUAGUCCUUUCCGCGCGCUUUCCCGUCGUCAACUGACGUUCCCGUCCUGUUGCUAAAUCAGCCUAAUAGAGCGAAGCAGGAGCGUAAGAUUCCGAGUUUUAUUGACGAAUGCGUAGAAGCUAAGACCAAGCAAUACAAGAAAAUAAAAACUACGGAUAAGGAUAUUUAUCCUGUAGAGAUAACACAGGUCGAAAAAGCGAGGAACAUGCUUAAAAUUCAUUUCAAAGGGUACAGUGAGAUAUUUGACGAGUGGAGGCCAUGCAAUGAAAAUAAUUUUCCCGUAAUGCGAUUGGAACCGGUGUCACAACGGGCAUCAAGUCGUUUUUACAUUUGUCCGUGGAGAUGGCAACAGAUGUGGAUUAAAAAAUAUGGUCCAUCAUUAAUAUAUUUGAUUUAGCACAUGUUCAUUACUUUUUCUGUAUCUAUGAAUAGUUGAUGCCAAAGAAUUAUUUUACUUGCAUGUGAACUGUUUACAUAAAAUGUAAACAUGUGCUUAUAAAUGAUCCAUAUAUUUCGGUCUGAUUCUGUUGUAAGCAAUGCAAUAAUAUUUUUUUGAAAAAGACCACUUGAAGACUGUAUACAAGAAACAUAUUUCACAGGCAGAGCAAAAUUAUUCUACACAACUUCUACUAACAGUUAUUGGGUAAUACACUCCUUUAAUACAUUGAUAUAUUAUAUGAUUACUGAUUGAUAAAAAUCACAGCUUGGCUUCCAUUUACUAUCUAUUUCAACAAGAUGGGCACAGAAAGUAGGAGUAUCACAUUUGCUGCAUUUUGCAGUACAUGUUUUGAUGGUAUGGUCAGAAGUUGAAGUGUCCACAGUUGUAGCUUUCCUUCACCCUUUCCAAACCAGUAGCUUCCAAAAGCUGUAUUCUGUGUUUUUUCAAGAAAAGUUGCUUUAGCGCAGAAACCUCUCUAUGAUUAGAUGAUCUAAAGAACUCCUUUCAGUGUUGUUGUACUUCUCCAUACCUUGCUGAGUGUAAUAUGCUAAAUUUUGGUAUAGCUUUAAAAAUUCAGGCACAUGAGCAUACAAAGAAUGCAUAUACAUUGUUACAUCUUUUGCUUGGUGAAGGUCUAGGAAUUUUUGAAACCAUAUUUUCAUCUUGUCUUCAAGGCUAGAGAUAGCACUAUCUGUAGGACCUGUGGUGUAAUUUAGUUUAAGAUCACCUAUAAUAUCUCUGAAAUUACUCCAAAGGGCUUGCAGCUUAUCUGCAUCAUGAAACUCUGAUAAUAGGAAGUGGAAAUUUAUGUGUUUUAAAACCAAGAGUUUUUCAGGUCCAGUAAGAUCUCUGUACUCCGACUUCUUGGUGUCCUUAUUGAUUUCCCAUUCAAAAUUAAUUCCAAGUUCUUUAGCAAAUUUCUCAUACCCAGCCAUGAGUUUAUACCUAUUUUGACAAACCCAUUUGAAAAAGUAGAUACCUUAUCAAUGGCAUCUUUUCUGUAAAGUCCCCGAUCAGAAGUUCAAUUAAAUUAUCAGAUAUUCUCAAAAACAUAUGUAGUGUAUCAAUUAUAACAUGGUCAAUAGGAAUAAAGUCAAACAAGAGAUUGGUUUUACAAUUAUGUUGCUUAGAUUCUGCAUGCUUACCUAUUUUGUGUGAGUCUCUUGCCCUGAGAGAUUUGUCAGUUAAAGACCACUUUUUGUUGAUGUCAAACCUUUCAUGUUUUGGGCACUUACACCAAAUACAAGCAAAAUUUUGAUUUGUAGCUGCUGGAUCACAAAUGUGGGCCAGAAACUUCCAGUCUCCUUCUAAAGAAUACACAGUGCUAUACUUAUGAUUAUUUACAGUUAUUUAUUUUAAAUUUGACAUUUUGUUAUUUAGAUCAGCGAGGCUUUCUUUAAGAUUGUCAUAGUUCUCUGUUGUCUUAAUCAUUGCUAGAAAACACUUCCCUUUUUCAUUCAUUGCUACAUCCUUUUCAGUCAAAAUUGUGUAUGUGACAUUUUCAAGUUGAAGUCUUUUCCCAAUGUUGGUACCAUCACCACUGAUCUUUACUUUACCAGUAGUAACCUUGUGCAAUACUCCAUUUUUCUGCAGCCUUCUUAUCUGUUCCUCAAUACUUUCCCUGAAAGAAAUCUGUAUUCCUUCUGCCUCUCCUGGUGUACUUUUCAGAUUCCAAUUGGCAUUUAGCUUAUCUAGGUGUUUGCAUAUUUUAUAUUUUGUGGGCAUGUCUUUACACUUUAUGGCCAACUCAUGCCUAGCUUCUUUGGUUACCGGUAUAUUAAAUUUGUCCUUUAAGUAAACUCGCAUAUUGAUUUGAUCAAUAUCAUUGUCAGUCAGUUCUUUUGGUUCUGUUUACAGUAUUUGUAAUUCUCCUUCUUCUACCCAUGAAAUAGUUUCAUACUGCUGAGUGUCAUUAUUAAAUACCUCAACCUUGGUGGCAAUAAAAUUGUACAGGCCUAAAAAUGACAGUGGCAGUCUUCUUUAAAUCCUCGCCCUAUCCUUGCCUGGUGCUGUUUGGUGUAAUCAGUGAAACGUUUCUUUUUGUUUGGACCUCUUUUGUCCCUGCUUUUUUUCGCUAAUCUUUUGAAUUUUUCCUUGUACUGUUCUUUUCUGUUUUCCGAAUCCCUAACAACAACUUUAAGCUUCUGCUCAAUUUUUAAUCUCUUUGCCUGCUCUGCGGCUAAAUCCCAUUCAGCUUUCCUUUCCUGCCCACGAAGCUGUUGGUUUUCCUAAAUCAAUAAGUUGUUUUCAAGCUCAUGAUAAAAAUUUUCAAGGAGUAGUUUUUUGCCUUUCACGAAUCAAUAAGCUUCUUUAUACUCUUCCCCCACUUUUUGACGUUUUCUUAAACGCUGAAUGGAGAGAAAUCUUUUUCCUGAAGACAUUGAGAAUUCUGGAAUUUAUGACAACUCCGCGAAUGACCUCUUGUUGCAGCGUUUAGAUCACCCCUGAUGAAGGCACUAGACAGGAGUGUCGAAACGUUGGGUCUAUGAAUUGUAACUUCUUCGGUUGCAUUCAUUAAAUCUGUAAACCAGAGUAGCAUCAAACCAUGUCUAACUCCGCGAAUCUCAAAUUCCCACAAGAUUUUUUCCACGUUUCCUGCAAUCACAGAAUCAGCACUUUCGACGUUCGGCUCUUGACCAGGCUUCUUCGACAAGGAGUAUAUGAGCUGGCUGAUUAAAAAAUAUUCAGUUCGAUGAAAAAAACAAUUUUAAAAAAUUAAAAAGAAAAAUGAAACAGGUUGGAAUACACUUCGAUUAACGCAAUUUUUACUUACUUGUUUAUUUCGUAAGUAAACCAAGUCAAUUUUUCCCCUUUUGAACCAUUUGUUUCUUCGCCGAAAUCGUUUUGUGCAUCUACCGCCACUGUGAGAAGAGUCAGCGAAGACAAAUCACCAACGCGUAAACUUCGAGUCCCAUUUCCCGAACCCAAACAAUAUCCAAAACUCAUGUAUUAUACAUCAAAUUGCGCCAAAUUUAUUCCUCGUUUUGUAUUUCGUGGGAAUGACCAGUUUUGUGCAUGCGCUUUAGAGUUAUAGCCCCAGACUCUAUGGCCAGUGCUUGCAUGUGGCGUGAACCCUUCUUCGACAUGUCUUUAUCUCUAACAAAAGUCUCAAAAACCCGAACGAAAUAUUUUAAUGAUUGCCUUCAAAUGCAGUGGUAUAGAAAGCUUAUAUACGUUAUUUUUAUAAACUGAAGGUAAGAAAGAUAGCAAUUCAAAUAAAAUACACGAAAAAGAGGAAAAUGUCCGAAAAUUAGCGUGUUUUUGACUGACCCCAGACUGCGUGACAUGUCACGAAAAUCUAUAGAGACAAAUAAGUUUGAUAUAGGGAAGAUUUAGAGUCAAAUGCUUUAUUUUUCACGAAUAUCAAUCUGGGUUCACUUCACUAAUGCCUCAGUUAUGUUUGAGUCCUUCGUCUGACAUAAAUUUUUGAGAAGUUUCAUUUUCAAAAUAUAUCAAAAGAGGGUACUUCCAAUACAUCGUCUUCCAAGAGAAAAGGGGGGAAAAUUGAUGAGGGGUUAAGUAUUCAAAAUAUCCAUAGUUCUUAAGUUAUCAGAUACAAUCAGCAUAGUGUUUCGUGGAGAUUGGGAAAUAACUUAAUCGUCUUGAAUUAACAAAGCGAGCAAAACAUACCAGUAAUACAAGCAAUAGAUUAAUUUUAAAAUGGCAAGCUGAGAGUUUCCUUUGUUGUUGUUGCAGUUGUCGAUGUUGUCGUUGCAAAGCAAGUAGCAGGAUUAGGAGUGAAACAGAAAGAUGAACAAAAAGACUUAAAAUUAUAA